AUGAACAAAGAUACGAAAAUCCUUAUUAUCGGCGCCGGUUGCUUCGGCACUUCAACUGCCUAUCAUCUCUCCCACCGUGGCUACACUUCUAUUCGUGUGUUGGAUCGAUAUGCGCCACCCUCAUGUGAGGCUGCAGCUACAGACAUCAGCAAGAUCAUUCGAAAUGACUAUAAUGAGCCGCUUUAUGCGAGAUUGGGACUUGAGUCUAUCGCUGCUUGGCGUUCGUGGUCGCUGUUCAAGGGUGUAUACCAUGUUCCCGGGUGGAUUCUGAGUGCUGCCAAUUUGUCAGUGCCGUUUGUGGAGGGCUCGAUUGAGACUUGCAACAACCUGGGUGUAAAGGGAAUCGAGAAACUGACCACUGAUCAAAUUCGCUCGCGUUUCCCCGUCGUCACCGGAAAACUGGAUGGAUGGAAUCUCAAUGUGUGGAAUCCGACGGCCGGCUGGGCAGCUGCUGGGCAAGCACUGGAGCGUAUGGCUAUCUCUGCCCAAAAAAGUGGCGUUGAAUAUGUGUCUGGAGAUACCAAGGGAUAUGUGCGACAAUUGAUCUACGAUGAAGGCACAGGAGAAUGCAAAGGAGCCAUCACAGCCGACGGCACCAGACACGACGCUGAUAGGGUGAUUCUCGCUGCUGGAGCAUGGACACCUUCACUACUGAAUCUCGAAGACCAGUUGACAGCCAAAGGCCAUGGUGUAGCGCAUAUACAACUCACGCCAACUGAAACCAAGCAUUAUGCCACAAUGCCGAUCAUGGACAACCUCGAGUUGGGCUACUUCUUCCCUCCACAAUCUGACGGCAUCUUCAAGAUGGCACAUAGCCAGUUCAUUACGAACACAUAUAGAGAUACCAACUCUGGCAUCACAACAUCAAUCCCACAUACGUUUGUUCAAUUCCCGACCGAUGGUCUUCCGCUCGAAAUCGAAGCCACUAUGCGACGCAAUCUCCGCCGUGUCCUACCGGAGCUGGCAGACCGGCCUUUCAGCUAUACGCGACUUUGCUGGGAUGCAGACACAGCUGAUAGGCAUUUCCUCAUCACGCCUCAUCCAGCUCAUAAGAAACUGUUUUUGGCAGCGGGUGGGUCGGCACACGGGUUCAAAUUCCUGCCGGUGGUUGGGAAAUAUGUGGUGGAUAUGCUGGAGGGAAAGCUUGAUCCUGAGGUUAUGGUGAAAUGGCAAUGGCGAGCUGGACAGAAGAUUGAAGCAAGGAACUUGGCCCAUAUGGAUUCGGAGCUAGAAUUGGUGGAGUUGACAGGUUGGAAAGGGAGACGAAUGCGUGAGCAAAGUCAUGCGAAAAUAUGA